UGCCGGGAAAAUGUAAUUUCCAGCACGCGUGGUUAAUCGGUGCUGCUUAUAAAGAGUGGAUUUCUCCGGACACAUCGAAAUCGCAUCGAGCUAAGUGCAAGGUAUGUGCAAAAACAUUCGACGUGUCGUCAAUGGGGGAGUCUGCCCUCAAAAGUCACAUGAAAAGCGCAAAGCAUGUGGAGAACAUGACAGCAACCGCAGCUCAUAGUACUGUGCGGAGCCACUUCACAGCUGUUGAGAAGCAACGCGUCGAGCCAACUCCUUCAAGUUCAACGUCGUCGGAUGUGAGCAGCCUGUGCAAAGCUCAUAAGAGUGUGGUCGACGCGGAGAUACUGUGGACCCUGAAAAUGGUCACGGUGCACUACUCCUACAAAUCGUCCGCACAUACGGGGGACCUCUUCAAGAAAAUGUUCCCGGACAGAGAAAUCGCUAAGGCAUUCUCCUGCAGUGAGAGGAAAUCUGCAUACGUGGUGUACCAUGGUCUGAGACCGUUUUUUCUCUCGUGCCUGCAACGCGAAUUGGAGCAGUCGGACGGUUACACCGUUCUGUUCGACGGGUCUUUGAACGACUACCUGCAGAGGAAACAAAUGGACAUUCAUGUGUGCUACUGGAGCUCAAUGCCCGAGCGGUUGACCACGAGGUUUUAUACGUCGGUGUUCGUGGGACAUUCAACUGCCGAAGACCUUCAAGAGAAGCUUCUGGGUGCCCUGGAAGAUUUGCCGCUGGCGAGAGCUGUUCAGCUGUCCAUGGAUGGCCCCAAUGUAAACCUGAAGUGUUUUAGAGGAAUGCAGGAAUACCUGCAGCAGAACCAUCAAGUUCAGUGUUGGGACCUGGGCACUUGCGGACUUCAUACCAUACAUAACGCGUACAGGGCGGGCGUUCUUGCCAGCAAGUGGGGCCUAGAGAAUCUCCUUUCAAGCCUCAGUGCCAUUUUUCAUGAUGCGCCAGCGCGAAGGGAAGACUUCUCUACUGUGACAGGCCAAGUAACAUUUCCUCUCAACUUCGCUCCUCAUCGCUGGGUAGAAAAUGUUCCCGUCAUUGAACGUGCCAUAACCCUCUGGGGUGACGUGCAAAAGUACGUCGCAUGUGCAAAAAAGAAAGAGCUGAACUUGCCAAAGUGAGCAUCGUUCAUCCAGCUCAGCGACUUUUUCCAGGACCCACUGCUGUUGGCCAAACUGAAGUUUGCUAUGGGCAUCGCGAUGAUUCUAAAACUGUUCCUCACGGAAUAUCAGCUGGACAAACCACUGGUGUUCUUUUUGAAAAGAGAUCUCGAGUGCCUCGUGAGGAAGCUUCUUGCGAGAUUCGUGAAGUGCUCGGUGCUGCCCGCUUCCACAGGAGUUGUCGGCAUGCUGAAGAUGGACGUCGCAGACCCAAAUAACCAUGUAUCAUCAGAGAAAGCUGAUAUUGGGCACGCUGCUGAACAAGUACUCAAAGCCGCGAAGGUGAGCGCCAAAGAUGUAUUUGCCUUUAGGAUGGAAUGCAAACAGUUUCUUGUAAGCACAACCAAGAAGAUUCUGGAGAAAAGCCCACUGACAUACCAUCUGGUUAGGAACCUGUCAUCUCUUGAUCCCCGUCAAAUGGCCUCAAAGCCAGAUGACUGCCUUGCAGGCUUCAGAAAGGUCCUAGACGCACUUAUCGCAGUUGGUCGAUUGGGUGAGCAUGAGCGCGAUUCUGUCCUUGGGGAAUACACAACUUCUGCAAGAAAAGAAACACAACCUGCGGCAGUUUGACAAACACACUCUUGGCCUGGACGAGUUCUACCUUGAGUUGUUGAAGGGUGACUUAUCCUACAUGCACUUGUGGAAGGUUAUCCGGCUUCUUCUCAUCUUGAACCACGGGCAGGCAACUGUUGAAAGAGGCUUCGGCGUCAACCGCCAGGUCUCUGUCGAAAACCUUAAGGACAUCUCAUAUGUGUCACAGCGAAUCGUUUGUGAUGCUGUAAGCAAGGCUGGUGGCAUCCUGAACGUUGCCAUAGCGAAGGAGUUGCGGAAGUCUGUCGCAGCCGCACACAACCGUUAUCGAGCCUACUUGGAGGAUACGAAAAAACAAGAAAACGUGAAGGGAAGCUUCGGGUACUUAAUAUCUCGAGUCCACUGUUUGAAAAUAGGCCCCUUUUGUGUGUAUGUGUGCAAUACGUCCUAGAUACUGAGGCGAAUCAGCAAAAGGGAUGUUGACAUCAGCAGGAAACAGUGGUAUGAAACCUAGUCCCUUUUUGUGCGUGUGUGCAAUGCGUCUAAAUUGUGAGGUGAAUCAGCAAAAUGGAUGUUGAAAUCAGCAGAAAACAGUGCAAUGAAACCAGCAUAUAUGAAAAUUGUGCUUGCAUUUUUUUCCUUACAGUAAAAUAUGUGCUUCCAUGCUG